ACUGACAAAGUUGAUAACAGGUAUGAGAUCGAGUGCACAAGGGUAGCUGUUACAGUCCGACUCUCGCACUUGUCAGAGGCUGAAGCAAGACAAUCGUCUGCGUGCUGUAUGUUUUCUUCUAAUAUGGGCGUGAGAGCGAUGCCCAUGACGUCAUCAUGGUUCUUACGAGUGCUGGUACUCACUGCUCUGGUGGGGCUACACUCGUCAGAGGCCACCCCUCUGGACGACUACGUCAACCGGCCAGACCCGCACUACUCCUAUAACAUCAUCGCCGCCACUCGCGGACUCAACUACACGCUGUACACUGUGAACAUGACGUCACAGAUGUGGAAAUCCAGUGACGUACUAAACCGCCCUCUGUGGUGGCAUUACCUGUCCAUCACAAUCCCCGACACAAUCAGGUUUGACACCGCCGUACUCUUCAUCGAUGGAGGCAGCAACGAUGACGGGCCUCCUCCGCCCACAGACAAUUUUGUGGCGCUGGUCACCAUGGUAGCAGCCAGCACAGGCUGUGUAACAGCCAACUUAAAACAGAUUCCUAACCAGCCAGUGGUGUUUAAGGCCGAUCCUUCCCAGAAACAGCGAAAUGAGGACGCUGUUAUCGCUUGGACAUGGAAGACUUUCAUCGAGAAUGCCAGCGAUCCUGAAAUACUACUUCGAAUGCCGAUGACCAAGGCAGUUGUGAGGGCCAUGGACACAGUCACAGAUGUUGUUAACAUCCUUGCUGGCAAGAACGUCAGCAAAUUUUUGGUGGCUGGUGCAUCCAAGCGAGGAUGGACAACAUGGACCACUGCGAGCGUGGACAAACGCGUGGUGGCCAUCGCUCCAAUCGUUUUUGAUCUUUUGCACCUGGUAAAGAAUCUUCAUCACCAUUUUCGUGCGUACGGCGGCUGGACAUUUGCGUUCAAUGACUACUACGAGCUGAAUUUUACUGGCCAACUGGACAACCCGAACACACAGCUUAUGGCUGACAUAAUAGACCCAAUCUCGUACAACGACCGCUUGACCAUCCCGAAACUGGUGAUCAGCACAGGCGGUGACGAGUUCUUUUUACCUGAUGAUUCCCACUACUAUUACGACAACCUUAACCAACCGACGUACUUGAGAAUCCUGCCCAACGCUGAGCACAGUUGUGCUGGUCACGAGAUAAGCCUCUUCUUUGACCUGCGGGCGUUCUAUCUUUCUGUUGUGACGGGGGAGCCUUUGCCGAAGUUGAGCUGGACCAGACAAGCUACUUCGACUGGUGGCUUCAUUCGUGUGGCUACAGACAGAACACCAAAUACCAUACGAGCUUAUUUUGCUAAGACACUGGACGGUCUAAGGAGGGAUUUCAGACUGUUGGUAGCAAGUGAAGAUGAUCCCACGAAGCCUACUCCACAUCCUGUUGUGUGGCACUACACUCCCGUCAAAGCUCUAGGGAACAAUACUUACCUUGCUGAAUUUGACAACCCAGAAGAGGGCUGGCUGGCAUUCUUCAUCCAGAUGACAUUCAAGGGUGUGGCAGAUGCUGUACUGGAAUUUACAACAGAAGCACAGAUUAUUCCAGAUACCUUUCCUUUUCCUGACUGUGUUGGACCAACAUGUUUAGGAACACUUGUUUGAACUCUUUUUUCAACUAUUCUAAACUGGAACUCUUGCUUAUAAACAGACUAUAAAAUUAAAGAGUCAUUUUAUACAAUCAUUAUUUUUAUAUAUUCGAAAUUUAAAAAAAUGUGUUCAUAAACUAAUGGCUUCUCAACUUCAAAAAAUACAUUCCUAGCAUUUGAACAUCUAAUCAAAAAGGAAUACUUAAAACCACAUGUCCAUGAAAUUUUUCAUCUUUGCUCAUAAAAGUUAUAUUUCAAUCUCACCAACUGCAGAGGGAUUUUUUUUUUUUUUUAUUAAGCAUUGUUAAUUAAAAAUAGUUUACUGGUAUUUCAUAAAUGAAACAUA